UGGGUGUGUGCGCCCGCGCGCGUGCGUGCGGUGGUCGCGUCCACUAAGCUACGACGACGUAGCUUGGACUUUCUUCCUUCAGUCAUGACAGCCUCAGCUGGUCCUAAGCCCGGAUAUAAAAUGGGCGGCUUGCAUCAGGAAGGCCAUCUGGCAUUAAAAACUCUGCCAAACAAAUCAUGUGCCCUGACUUGCUGUGGCGACCCCUGAUGGGACCAUCCCAAAACCAAGCUUUUGUGACGUUGGCUACCAAUGACAGCUAUGCCAAGGGAGCCAUGGUUCUGGGCCAGUCCUUGCGCCGCCACAAAACCUCCAAAAAGCUGGCGGCCCUCAUCGGGCCCCAGGUGUCGGAACCGUGCCAGUCCGUGCUGAGGAGGAUCUUCGAUGAGGUUCGACUUGUCGACGUGCUAGAUAGCGGCGACACGGCCCACCUGGCGCUGUUGAAGAGGCCCGAAUUGGGCGUCACCUUCACUAAACUCCACUGCUGGACCCUCACCCAUUACUCAAAGUGUGUCUUCAUGGAUGCAGACACUCUGGUACUUUCGAAUAUAGACGAGCUCUUUGACAGAGAAGAACUGUCAGCCGCCCCCGAUCCUGGCUGGCCCGACUGCUUCAACUCAGGCGUGUUUGUUUUUCGUCCGUCUGUGGAGACUCAUGACAAACUCCUUCAGUACUGCACAGAACACGGCAGCUUUGAUGGGGGAGACCAAGGGGUUCUGAAUGGCUUCUUCAGCGACUGGGCCACGGCUGACAUUUCAAAACACCUCCCCUUCAUCUACAACCUCAGCAGCAUCGCCAUUUAUACGUACCUACCAGCCUUUAAGCACUAUGGCGGCAACGCCAAGGUGGUUCACUUCCUGGGGAAGACCAAACCUUGGAGCUACGGCUUGGAUGCCCAAACCAAAGGGAUCUUCGGCAGCGCGCACCCCUCCUUCCUCCUAGACUGGUGGGCCUUGUACUCCACCAGCGUUGUGCCGAUGCUACAGGAGCAAUAUGGAGACCAGCCCUUCCACUCGGAAUGCACCCUUGAGGCCAUGGAGGAGACCCUGGCGUCCGUGGCCGCGGCGGUCCACCUGUCGCCGCCAGCGCAGCCGCAGCCGUCUUCCGAGGAGCGCAAGCAGAAAUGGGAGCAAGGCCAGGCGGAUUAUAUGGGGACAGACUCCUUUGACAAUAUCAAGAAGAAGCUCGAUACUUUCCUCAAAUGAGGCGGGGGAAGGGGGCGCAGUGGAGGGAUGCACUUACACUCCCACACCCGACAUACAGGUGCACCUCAAAACAGAAAAGUAUGGUCGAAAAAUUCAAUGAUUUCACCAGUUGGAUUGAAAAAGUGAAAAUAUAUCGAGGGAACCCCUGCAUAUUUGUGCUCCAGCAUUUUCCAUAUUGUUGGCCAAAAAACGCUAUUGGAAUGAAUUCAUGAGCUUUUGUCACCAUGUUAUGGCAACGACAGGCAAUCGGAACCCUUUUGAAAGGCGGGCAGCAAUGACUUGCAUAUUUUCGCUCCUUUUGGCAGUGUGCCACCCCUAUUUUCUGCAAAUAGUAAAAUUCAAUGGCCCAUUCCGACCCAGUUCCUUUCAUAAAUAACAUUUCGUUUGUUUCUGGGAUAAGAUUCGAACUUGUUGAGUUGAUGAAUGUUGGUUAUAGCCUCAAAACUGUUUCAUAUUACUUCAA